AUGUGGCGAAAGGGCUGGGGAAGCGGAUUUUUUUUCUUCUACUCUAAUGCACUGCCUCAAGAGGUUCCCGGCCGGUUCGGCGAAGCCUGCUCACAUCAACAACUGGAGGUGGUAGUAACAUCAAGGGCAACGCGAGGAUGGACUUGUACUUCGUCAGAUGAGGUUGCUUCUGGAAGGGACAGUACCAGUCGAGCAGCACUACACGCCCAGAAAGCGUUCGACGUGGACUGCAAAAUUGCAACGCGGGACCUACUACCAGCGCUGGCGCGGCAUUGUGAACAACAACAAGCUAAUACAACAUCAAGCGGGACUAAAAAUUCUUGCGAAGACUUGCAGCAGAUGGCCAUGAAGCUGUGGCGGCUUGUGAGAGGGGUGCGGAUGAAAGAAAAUACACUGCAGCGCCAAAAAGAUUUUCUCGCGCACAAAAGGGAGGCCCACGACUACAUGGGUCCUUCCCUUGAUUCUUUGAGGCCUGUGCCUCCGGCGGCCAUUUCCCCGAUGGUGACGUCGCUCGCGUUUGCGGUGUCCUGUCUGGUGCGGUGUUUUCAGCAGCGGAAGCUGGAGAUCAUGAAGACCAACCACGAUUUCUCACAGCCCUUUGGAAAGAAUAUCCAACAAGACGAUAACGAUAAUGCAGAUGCUCUCGAGCGCAAUCUCCGAAAACUCUGGCAAUACGCGAGAGAAGCGGUUGCCAAGGACCUGAACCACGUCGACAACUGGAGGUGGUAG